AGGAAGUUAACUGCCCAACUGAUGCUCCAGAUGCUUUCGAACAGGUGAGGCAAGGCGGCAACAGUGUUUUUUCCUCCUUGAGGACACCUUGGAAUUGAAGAAAAGAGCAUGGAUCCUGCCAAAAAGAGGACGGCCUGGUCCAACUUCCGAGACAAGACCAGAGCCCAGUUCAGCAACAUCAAGAUUGGCAAGAAACCCAAGAAGACCAAUCUGAAGUAUCGUCGGAGCAUCUCUGUCCCCGACCUUCGGAUUGCACUCCCAUCUCAGCUCUCAGCCCUGGACACGAUAAUCCAGACGCCCAAUGAUGACAGCAUGUUUUUUGACGGUGCCAACAGCCGUUUUUUUUUUCAGUCCGUGGUAGACAGCGGCUCGUCCAGCCCCACGUACUCGGAGAACUCCUCCGUUCCAGAUGCCCCCUUCUACACCAGGUUUGCCGCGCUGCCCUCUACCAGCUCUGCCCCUGAGAGAGUGCCGAACCCGGGCAUCAGCGCCACCCCGAUGAGAUUGGAGACCGACACCUUCUCGUGGCUUUCGGACGAGACCAGUGUCCCGGCAGGGAGGGUGGCACAACAAGCGCCUCCAGAGACCCCGAGUGCUCCUGUCACAAAGCCACCUAUGCCCGCCGAGAGACAAGUUUACCCGGCCUAUCAGGCGCACGCCCCUGCCCCAGCAGAGAGAUCCGCUGUGGUGCCAAAGGUCCCCCCCGCUUCCCCAGAGAAGAAAAGAACGCCUCCAGUGUCCAGGACGAUCAUCCCACCGGACAGACUCUCUCUGCCUGCAGAGAUAUCCUCCUCCUGGGCUGGUCCCACGGAGUCAGGCAACAGCACUCCCUCAGAGGAGCACGUUCCGGAGGAGUCCUGGGGGAUGGACAGUGAUCUGCUGGCCAUGAUGGAGCCAAUGUCACCCCCAUCCAGAGAACUCUUCAUCACAGGGUCUGCAGAAGAUGUACCCUAUACUCCUUUCUUCAAUGAAACCAGUGAUUAUGACACCAACUCCCUUCAAGACCAAGUGGAAAGAAGUAGCUCAGCUGUCAGCUUAGAUCAGCUGGUUGCCAGUGGCCAGAAGGUGCAGUACCUCAUUACCAUCAACCUCAAGGAGGGCAGGAACCUGGUGGUGCGAGAUCGCUCUGGCAAGAGCGACCCGUUUGUUAAAUUCCAAAUUAAUGGAAAGACAAUCUACAAAAGCAAAGCGGUGUCUAAGAACCUCAACCCAGCCUGGAAUGAAUCCUUCUCCUUCCCAGUGCGCGAUCUGGAGCAUAAGCUCUACGUGAAGGUUUAUGACAGAGACUUUCGAUCACAUGACUACAUGGGUGGGAGUGUCGUUCCUAUCAAUAAACUGGAAUUGGACAAGACCACAGAGCUGGUGCUGAAGCUGGGGGAUCCCAACAGUAAGGAGUCAAACAUGGGGGUGGUCAUCAUGGACCUCUGCCUGUCAAUAAGAGACGGACCCACCAAGAGAAACCGCUGGAAUCUUAAGAGGAGAGGGAGCAUUGGGAAGGGCCAAGUUCCAGCCCAGGCCCAGCAGCUUCGCGGUGUGGACAUGAGGAAGAACCAGGUGUGGAGCGGCGUCUACUCCAUCGUCCUGGUGGAGGGUCAGGAUAUGCCUGAGGCCGGCCAGGGUGACGUCUAUGUGCGCUUCCGACUGGGAGAGCAAAAGUUCAAGAGCAAGAACCUGUGUAUAAAGUCAAACCCGCAGUGGAGGGAGGCCUUCGACUUCAACCAGCUGGAUGGGCUGGACGUGCUUCAGGUGGAGGUGUGCUCCAAGAAGGGCCGCAAGUGUGAUGAGUGCUGGGGGCUACUGGAUAUUGACCUGUCCAGGCUGCCGGACAAGCAGAGACAGCUGUAUACACGAGUGUUGGACCCGGGAAAGGGCCGGCUGGUCUUCCUCAUCACCCUCACGCCCUGUUCCGGAGCAUCCGUGUCUGACCUGCACUCGCCCCCCUUAGACGACCUGGAGACCAGCGAGAGGGUGGUGUACCAAUACAGUUUGAAGAACUCCUUGAAAAACAUGAACGACGUCGGUUUUGUUCAAAUUAAGGUGAUCAAGGCCAGUGACAUCGCCUCGGCCGACCUGAGCGGCAAAAGUAAUCCCUUCUGCGUACUCGAGCUGGGGAACAGCAAGCUGCAGACCCAGACCAUCCACAAAACUCUCAACCCGGAGUGGAACAAAGUCUUUACAUUCCCAAUUAAAGACAUACACGAUGUCCUUGUUCUGACGGUCUAUAACGAAGAUGGGGACAAACCCUCAGAAUUUCUGGGGAAAGUGGCUGUGCCUUUGCUCUCGAUUCAAAAUGGCCAAGCUGUUACCCAGUACCUUAAGAAAGAUGAUUUAGCAGCUGCAUCUAAAGGAACCAUCUCGCUGGAGAUGGACGUCAUCUACAAUCCAGUUCGUGCAGGCAUCAGAACCUUUGGACCAAAAGAAAUUAAAUUCCUGGAAGACAAUCCGAAAUUUAACAAGAAGAUUUUAGCUCGUAACAUAUACCGGGUCCGACGCAUCAGCACGGCCAUCCUGUACACGCUGCGCUACAUUAAGAGCUGUUUCCAGUGGGAGAGCACGCAGCGCAGCAUAAUCGCCUUCGUGAUCUUUGUGCUGACCGUGUGGCAGUUGGAGCUCUUCAUGCUGCCUCUCUUUCUGCUCCUGCUCAUCGCCUGGAACUACUUCCAGAACACCCCGGGGGCGGUCAGCCACAGUCAGGACCUGGAGAACAUGUCCGUGGCCGAAGACGAGGAAGAGGACGAAAAGGAAUCAGAGAAGAAAGGGCUGAUGGACAAAAUCCAUAUGGUUCAAGAGAUAGUCCUCACUGUGCAGAACACCUUGGAUGAGGUUGCAUCUAUUGGAGAGAGAAUUAAGAACACUAUCAACUGGUCAGUGCCUUUCCUGUCGUACUUGGCGUGUGUGAUGCUGUUUGUGGCGACUGCUGCCUUGUUCUUCAUCCCACUUCGCUACAUUGUGUUGAUAUGGGGUGUUAACAAAUUCACCAAGAAACUCCGCAACCCGUAUGCCAUCGACAGUAAUGAAGUACUGGAUUUCCUCGAGAGGGUGCCUUCUGAUGUUCAAAAGGUGCAGUACAGCGAGCUCCGCGCGCCCACCACCGCUAACCCGCAGCGCAAGAAACGCUAAGAGUCCGGCCCACAGGACCACGCGACCCUCCGGACGACCUGCCAGACGAGCCACCGGCGGCCCGACAGAGGGAUGGAGGGAUGCACUGACAUGGAGGGAUAGAUGAAUGGAUGGAUGAGAUGUGGGGUUGGGCAGUCUCUCUCUCUUUGUAAAAUGGAUUGGUCGGCCGGGGCUCUCUGUUUUGGUACUUUGAGAACUCGCCUGUGCCUCCACUCUAAACUAACCUUCUCUGGACCUUCAAGCUUGUCUCCUAUAAAUGCAUCAAAACAUAUUGUUACUGUGUGUUUGUGUCUGUGUGUUGGGUUGCAUGUGUGUGUAAGUAUGUGUAUUUGUGUUUUCCAUGUCUAAGUGUGUGUUCGCUUGUACAUAUAUUGUGUGCAUUUAUGUGUGUGUGCGUGUGUGUGUGUGUGUGUGUGUGUGUGUGUGUGUGUGUGUGUGUGUGUGUGUGUGUGUGUGUGUGUGUGUGUGUGUGUGUGUGUGCCUGCCACCCCUUCUGACAGGGGCUGUGGUUUGUCUCUUUCGGGGGAGCACGCGGUGCUGUCAAUCACUGCUCCGAGCUUUUAUGGGGGAAAAACGGGAAAGUAGGGCGCCCUCUGGCCCAGCUUAACAACACGCUUUGGAUCACUGGAACUCCUGGCCGCAAAAGCACCAAAAAAGCUUCAGUGACCUCCACCACAUGGAAAUGUCUUUCUGUUGACCAUGGACCAAGUACAAAGCUAUGUAACUUUGUGACUAAUUGCAAACCCAGCUGAAAUGUAGAUGCCAUGCUAUUUUCAUAUGAUACUAUCAUUCAGGCAGAAAAAUGUGCUUCCUCUUUAUAGAAUAUUUGCUUUGAUACAGACAGAGCAAACAUAUAUUUUCUUUGCUUUACUUUUUUUUUAAAUAAUUGUCUCUUGAAUGAGUAUGUACUGUAAAUAUUAAAGAUUUUUUUGAGAUA